UGUAUGAUGGCGGAUGGCCUUGCUUGAGCUGAGACAUAAUUACCCAGUGAUUACUUACACGGAGAGUUUCGUUUUCCCGUGUUCUCUCUGCUCUGGGGUGCGAUGCAGGGCCCUUUGGCACCAUCUACAUGGCCAGGGUGUUGCAAGGGCCUCGCUUGGGCUGCAAGUCGAUGACAGAAAAAGAAACAACACAGCUUGCUUCGGAAUGAGAUCAGGAACAUUCGUCCUGUCAACCUCCUCGCGGAAGCUGCGCAGUGGCUUAUAUUAGGAUUCUUUGAACUAUAACAGAGAGAACGAGCUUGGAAUAUUUUCCAGUACCCAGAUGGUUCCUCUUAUUUCUGGUAAUCAUAUCAUAGAGUCAGCUCUAUCUUUAAAUUGUGAGUGUGUUUUGAUCCUCUUGCGUGUUGGUCACUCACGAAGAUCUGGGAGAAAGAUGAGUCUCCCAGCCUCGUUAAAUCCCAGAUCCGCGCCUGGAGGUCGACUAUUGAAAGCUCCGUCAACCUUGUAAGCUGCCGAAUCCCACGAGAGGUGACAGGCCCAUGAUUGAUUGUAGUUCCAGGGUGGAUUUAUGAUUUUAGCGUCCCUCAUCUUGCUGGCCAUGAUUGAGUUCGAUGCUGGCCUGCAGAACGGCCGCGAUCCCAAGCACACGCUGCUCACUACGAGUUCUUAUCUCGCAGCUCUCUUCACAAGUCUCUCUGCCCUAUCUUCCUUCGCCCUUUUGGACCGGAUCGGAGAUAUAGAGUUUGCCGCUGCGUCACGAGGACUCUCACGCGAGGGCUUGUUUCCGAACUGUGAAUCCAGUCAUCGCCUUCUUCGCCUAUCUGGUGCAACACGAUCCUUCACAAUACUCCUAGCUCAGUUCGUUGUGUACUCCUUCCUUGCUGCAAUGUUCUUUCUCACCGAAAUGGUGACGUAUUUGUGGCUGAAGGAACGAACAACUUUGAGCAUAAUCAUCACUGCAGUUAGUAUGCCGGCGGCUCUACUGUUAUUGGUCACUUCAUUGGUGGUCGAGUGAAGGACUUGAAUUUGGUAGCAUACCGAUGGCGGACCAGCGACAAGUAGAAUGUUAUUAGCUAGUUACUGGUAUUCACAUUGCGUCUAUAUAAUAGUAAUAUUACUGUAGUCGAGUCGUACAGAAC